AGAAAUUUGUUUGACAUAAAAAGCGUACCGAAGCAAGUCGAAGAAAAAAUUUUCUUCAAAUUUAUUAUUGAUUUGUUUGAUACUUUUUCAACAAAUAUUCAAUUUAAAGACCACCAAAAAUAAAAGCUAACAAAACACGUUCAUUAUAGUAAAUAUUUGUGCUAGAUUCUGUUAAGAAGAAAAUAUUAAAGCGCCAACUAAGAAAUGGCCACAUCGCAGCAAUAUUCCCUGCGUUGGAAUAACUAUUUGCGGCAUAUCACUUACGCCUUUGAUUCCCUGCGAUUAAACGAUGAUUUUGUUGAUGUUACACUGUGUUGUGAUGGACAGAAGAUCAAGGCGCAUAAGGUGCUUCUAUCGGCGUGCAGUGGAUACUUCAAGGAAAUAUUCAAAGAGAAUCCUCACCCGCAUCCAGUGAUAAUAUUCAAGUUUAUUAAGUUUGAGGACUUGAAUUCGAUCAUCGAGUUUAUGUAUCAGGGCGAAGUAAACGUCCAUCAAGAAGCUCUGCAAUCAUUUCUUCAAACAGCUGAAUUACUUGCUGUGCAAGGGUUAACAUCAGAAGAUAAAGAAAAAAAAGAAACCCCCCGAACUCUUACCGAGGAACAAAUCAUUAAAACAAUACCAAGUACAAUACGUGCGGUAACAGAAAACGUUACACAAUCGUCGCAAACAAUUGAAAUACCAGCAAUUAUAACCCAACACACUGCUCAGCAGACACAACAACAACAACAUACGCAGCCACAGACAACGCAACAACAGCAACAAACAACAACUGUCAUGAAAAAGCGUAAAAUAACCUUUUCCGAUGAUGAUGAACAUAUCUACACUACAGAGACCGUGGAAUACAAAGAGGAACCUAAUAUUGUUAAAACAACUGAAAUUAAUUUCCUUCCGGCUACUGUAAAAAUGGACAUACCUGAGUACAUUGACGUCUCUGAUACAAAUCAAUUGCAUGAUUCUGUAACACAAUCUCAUCAGGCUUCUCAAGAAUCAAGUGGCCAAAAUGUAACGCAGUACACAUCAGAAUACGAAAUCUUAACGGAAUCAGAAAUCGAGGAAUCAAAGUAUCAAACAGAAUCGGGAGAUAAUACUGAAAUAACAAUUGAAAUGGGCCGAUUAAUAUCGCAGCCAGAAUGCACAGACAGUGGUGGAAAGGAUGAAAAGGGAAAUGCCAUAGGACAAGAUUUGCCAAAUAAUAAAUGGACUGAAUGUCAAUUUUGCAAAAUGAUUAUAACAACCGUAAAUCUUUGGAGACAUAUUCGAACUCAGCAUACACCGCAACCACCUCGCAAGUGCGAUCAGUGCCAAAAGAACUUCAAAAACAAAUAUAGUUUGCGCGAGCACAUACGAAUAUCACAUGAGCAAAAGACCUCGAAUCGUCACGAAAGUCCAUAGGUACCAAAUGAAGUAUCACAACCAGCCACCUGCGUCCAAACAAUUUAAAAAAGAAAAAAAAAAAACUCUAAAUACACACUUUCGAUAGUAAUUAAAGAAAAUGUGUUUAAAUAGAAAAUAAUAUUGUAAUUAAAUUUAAUAUUUUACGAUCUUUAUAAAUGUUAUACUAUAAGUUUGAUUUAAAGCCCAGCUUGUAAGCAAUGACAAAUUUUCCGGCAUUGGUAGUUUUUAAUUUUCCCUUUUUAUAAAUAAAAAAUGAAUUCAGUAUAGUUUUAGAAUUAUUCCGCCAUGAAAACCUAACCCCCAGCAUAAUGCUAAAGAAAUCUUAAAAUUAACUACAUAUAUAAAAAAGAUUUCGAUGCAAAUAAAUGCGUGGAGUUUGUACUUGUUAAAAAUCAGCUGGAAUAUUUAUUUUAAACACUAGUUUAAAUAAAAUUAAAGAAAAAUGA